GCGUCUUUCUUCUGCACCCACUCCUCAUCGUCGCGGCAACCCAGGUCUCCCUCAUUCAACCAACUGGAAAUUAAAAAUCACCGCAUCCAACUUCGAAUCUGCCUAGGCAACGACUAAUCUCCCUGGGCGGUGCCUCCCCGCCUAGUUAGCGCGCCUAGUUCCUUCUUGAACAUUACACUGGAGUUGAUCGUUUCUGAAAUUCGUGAAAAUUUUCAUGGUUACAGGUUUGAUUCAUGAUCCUUGGAGAAGCUUUCUCUUUUUAUGGAGUUCGAAGUAUGGCAUGUUUCUGGAGCAGAGCACUGCUUUGUAGCCCUUCCUUUGCAACUCAUCCAGACUUUGGAAUCUCUCCGCCCGACUCUUCUCCCUCAGCCUCAGCUCCUCGUAAUUGAGCUUCGCUCAUUGAGCCCCACUGCUGACCAGCAGCGGAGCUGGACGGUCUCUUGGUCUGGUGCUACUUCGUCUUCUGCUGCUAUUGAGAUCGGUAGGCAGUUUGCGGAUUGCAUUUUGUUGCCUGAUCAUCUAAGAGUACAAGUUCGAGUUGUGUCAAAUGUGGAACGUGCUGAACGAGUGAUGGUAGAGCCUGAUACCGAAGACGACUGGGAAGUUAUGGAGCUCAAAGCAGAGUUCGCUGAGGCAUCCAUGUUAAGCCAGACCAGGUUUUCAGUCACCAAUGGAAUGGGCGAAGAUAAGAGGUCUCCUGUACAACUUGUUCAUGAUACGGAAGUAGAAGUUGCUCCCAAGAGACGACAAAAGCUUGUGAAUAAAUCAGAUGCUUCAUCUGACAAGCAACGCAAUGUUAAGGAGGCCUUAUUGCGUAUUCAAGAUUCAGAUAAAAGAUUGUUUCAGAAAUGUAAUGUCAAAGGUGCUGAUUUGGGGGUUGCACUAACUACUGUUGCUUAUAUUAACCCCGAAACUGCUAAAUACUUUUUGUUUGAGCCUCUUCAGUCGAUUAUUCUUAUUCCAAAAUUAUCAAGAGAGAGGGUUGACAAUGAUGCAUCGAGAAUGAAAAGCACUUCAGCACCUAAAGAUGGGACAAGCAGGAAAGUAUCUCGUCGAGCAAUUAUUCAUCUUCUCUUUUCUGACUCUGUAUCCAAAGGGCAUCUAAUGAUAGCUGAGUCUCUUCGUUUGAGCAUGAGAGUUGGCCUGCAUUCAUGGGUGCAUGUGAAAGAAUACCAUGGUAAUUUCAAGGAGGAUAUUCCCUUGCUCUCACUGUCUCCCUGCCACAUUAAGAUGCUUGGAAGGGAUGGUGAGAAGGGAGAAUUUGGCAUGGAAGUGCAUAAUAGUCGUAGAAUGGAAAAGCUUCAAAUGCUGCCUUCCGGAAUUAGUUCAGGAAAUAACUUAAAUGAAACAGAUCAUUUCACGCAUGGUGAUUUCAUAGCUACUCUUUCAUCUGUUUUUCCUCAUGCAGAGGGUGCAGAACGAGUAUGUGGUUCUGAUAGUAGAAAGACUUUAGGCAUACUUCUUCAUGCAUGGGUGGCUGCACAACUUGAAGCAAUUGCUUCGGCCUCUGGUGUAGAGGUUAAUUCAUUGACUUUAGGAGAUGAGACUGUAAUGCACUUUGAAAUGAGAGGACUUGACUAUGGGUCUGGAAGGCACAGUUUACUGGAACCAUCUGAUUCAAAUUUAGAGGUACAAGAUAAGCUUGGUGAAAAGCCAGUUAAGUACCUGUUUGUGCUGAAUGCUUCAGAGGAUUCUUCAGAUGACAAAAAUGUAUGUGCAUAUAAACUUUCCUUUGAUAAGAGCAAAAGAGAUCAUUUGAUACCCGAGGAGUUGCUCAGCAAUCUUGAACUUGGUGAACCUCUAUCCUUCUAUUCUACCAAGGAAAGGGUAUCCGGAAAGGACUUUGAAUCAGAUUUGUCCACUUUGAGCUGGAUGGGAUCAACUCUAACUGAUGUUAUUAAUAGUAGUCUUCCUGAUACAAAUUUUCUCAAUGCAGGAGUGAAUGUCUUGCUAUCUCCUAGCUCUGGGUUGUGGUUUGGCAGUCACAAACUUCCUCUCCCUGGCCAUGUUCUGAUAUAUGGACCUCAUGGUUCUGGGAAGACUAUGUUAGCAAGAUCUGUGGCCAGUUUCCUUGAAAGACAUAAAGAUAUAUUAUCACAUGUGGUAUUCGUAAACUGCUCUUCCCUUGCUUCGGAGAAGGCUUCAGCCAUUCGUCAACAACUUUCAGCUUCCAUUUCUGAAGCGCUAGACUAUGCGCCAUCUGUUGUAAUCUUCGAUGAUCUUGAUAGCAUCGUUUCAGCCUCUGAUUCUGAAGGAUCUCAACCUUCGACUUCUGUUGCUGCAUUGACAAAAUACCUAGCUGAUAUUAUUGAUGAAUAUGGGGAAAAGAGGAAUGGCUCAUGUGGCACUGGUCCAAUUGCUUUUAUAGCUUCUCUGCAAAGACUAGAGAAUAUCCCACAAUCACUGAGCUCUUCAGGGAGGUUUGACUUCCAUGUGCAACUUCCUGCUCCUGCUGCAUCUGAACGUGGGGCUAUACUGAAGCAUGAAAUACAGAGGCGUUCCUUACAUUGUCCAGAAGAAAUUUUGUUGGAUGUAGCAUCCAAAUGUGAUGGUUAUGAUGCGUAUGAUCUGGAAAUAUUGGUUGAUAGAGCUGUACAUGCUGCUGUUGGUCGCUUUCUUCCUUAUUCUAAUGGAGAGCCUGGAAAAUCCACCUUACUUAUGGGCGAUUUCUCAAGGGCAAUGGAUGGGUUCCUUCCAGUUGCUAUGCGUGAUAUUACUAAAUCAGCUUCUGAAGGUGGCCGUGCUGGGUGGGAAGAUGUUGGUGGACUGAAUGAUGUGAGGAAUGCUAUAAGAGAGAUGAUUGAAUUGCCAUCAAGAUUCCCAAAUAUCUUUGCAAAAGCUCCUUUAAGGCUGCGUUCAAAUGUUCUUCUCUAUGGUCCUCCUGGUUGCGGCAAGACUCACAUCGUUGGUGCUGCUGCUGCUGCUUGUUCACUGCGGUUUAUAUCAGUGAAGGGACCUGAGCUGUUAAACAAAUAUAUUGGUGCUUCUGAGCAAGCGGUUCGUGAUAUUUUCUCAAAAGCAGCUGCCGCAGCACCCUGCCUUCUCUUCUUUGAUGAAUUUGAUUCAAUUGCUCCUAAACGAGGACAUGAUAAUACUGGUGUGACUGAUCGUGUAGUCAACCAAUUUCUGACUGAAUUAGAUGGCGUUGAAGUUUUGACUGGUGUUUUUGUAUUUGCUGCCACAAGCCGACCUGAUCUGCUUGAUGCUGCAUUGUUGAGACCCGGUAGGCUCGAUAGGCUUCUUUUCUGUGAUUUUCCAUCUCAGCAAGAGAGGCUGGAUAUUCUUAAAGUUCUAUGCAGAAAGCUGCCACUGUCUGAAGAUACGAACUUACACAGCGUGACUCAGAUUACAGAGGGAUUUAGUGGAGCUGACCUACAAGCUCUACUAUCUGACGCACAGCUUGCUGCAGUUCAUGAAUUUUUGAGCAGCACCACCUCCGACAACCACGAGCCUGUGAAAAAGCCGGUGAUAACUGAUUCCGUCUUAAAGGCAAUAGCUUCCAAAGCAAGACCAUCGAUUUCUGAAUCAGAGAAACACAGACUGUACGGCAUUUAUAGCCAGUUCUUGGAUUCCAAAAGAUCAGUUGACGCACAGGUGAGGGAUGCAAAGGGCAAACGAGCGACUCUAGCAUAAGCAGCAGCGCAAAAUGCCAGCCACGCCAGGCUGCAGUAGAUUGAGUUAUUGUUGCUAGCUACUGCGAGACCAACACGAUGCUUUCGACCCUGGAACGGUCAUUUGUUAUUGGAACUUGGGAAUGAGUUCCAAGUUCCAACGACUUCUGUGUGCAGAAUGUCCUCCUGACGAUUAAGCAAAACAAACUGGUCAUGGGUUUUGCCCCACACCUCGAGUAAAAUAAGCACUGAAUUCUGAUUCUCGGUCACAAAGCCUACUUGUUAUUUAAGUUAUGAUCCGAGACAAAUUCAGAAUACAAAGAAACGUUAUCAUCCCUGUGACGGUUAGUGACCAAAUUCAUUGCCUCGGUCACGGUUGUUGCAUAUGCGCACAUAGUAGUAGUGGUAAUUCCUCGUCCAAACAAGAUCAACGAUUCUCUUCAAGCCUUUGAAUCUCUUGUUCAUCUUCAUAUCAUACAUAAAUACAUAUUGAUGGCUCUCUUCAACUCUG